AGAAAAGUGCCUAACCAAGUAUGAUCUAAGCUCUCUAUCCGAGCCUUCCAUUCAAUCGCCUGCACUUUCUUUCACGUGGACGACGUCACCAUGGCGUCAUUCAUGAAAAUGUUCAAAAACAAAAAGGGAUCCAAUAAGGAAAACUUGCCCAAUUUGAAUCGUAGUAGCACUUUGGAUAGCUCCUCAGCCCCAACAGAUGACUUUGUUAGACGAAGAAAUGAUGCCGGUGUUUAUACUGGAGAAUCGCGAAGGUCUAAAGAAAUGCAUAUCCCUAAUCCUUACUCAGUUGUUACUGCACCUAAAACUACCAGAGGACCACGUUCUUGUCCCGGAGCUCCCAUGGAUGACCGAAGUUACCGUAAUAGCAUGAGCCAACGCGGGAAACCUUUCAAUGACAGAUACUCGACUAUGAACAGCUCUUUACGUUAUGAAAAUGUAGGCAGGAAAAGAAAUGAAAUGUAUCACCACGAGACCAUUCUUGAAUACGGAAGUGAAAGCGCAAACUCUAGUCGAGAGAGCCCUCCAGAUCGUCAAAGUAGAAAAGAAAUGGCAAGACGACAAAACCAUCGCUAUUAUAGCUCAGCUCUUACCGACUCAACGGACGAUGAUGAUGGAGCUAAUAUGCAGAUCCUACAACUGGAAGCAAAACUUAAAAGAGCGAAAGAGCUCAUACGGUCAACAAGGAGAGAUAUGACGGAGCGAAUUGAGGAAUUGCAGGAUGAAAUUGAUCGUAAAAGUCGAGACUACGACACUCUCAAGUGGCACUAUAAACAGGCUCGAAAAGCUAUAGAAGAUGAGCGCAAAAUCAAUGCUAGACAAAGUAAAAAACUUCAACAAGCACUGGAAGAAGUGUCACGAUUGAAAGCUAUGCUUACGGAACACUCGGACGAUAAUUCGUUCCUGAUUCCUUAUUGUGGUGGUUUGCCACCAAUGGGCUAUGAUAGCGGUGCUGGUGAAGCGUUAUGUUCUCUGGCUGAAGCACAAGGUGAAGGUGUUGGUGAUCGCUUAUGCUCCCUUGGCGAUGUGAAUGGUGACAAUGUGAGCGAGGGACUAUCGUCGCAAACCGAGCACACUACAACACGUGAAAGUACAGCUGAACCCAAUAACAAAAUGGAUAAUCCGGAUGAUAUGCAAGACGAGGUUCGAGUGUUUCGUACGGCUGAGUGCGACACACCGCCUCCAGAAAGACCAAGAGCCGCCGGUAGUCCGGUUGAGCCGCUAUCUUCUUACAUCCCACUGCCUGAGUUUACCCUGAGCAAUGGCGUCAUUCCUCAACGAUCCCUUUCUGACACCGAUAUUCGUGCUCUAGUCCUUCAAGAAGAACAAAAAGAAGAAGUGAGAAAAGAGCAGCAACAUUUGGUUGAGAAUCUGAAAUCGCGUUCAAGCAGCAUCCGCAAAGAUUACGAUUAUUACGUUAAGGGCUAUAAUGAGAAGAUGGACGAAGAAGGCUCAGUAAGUUCAUCUGAUGAUGAGACUUACCGCAUUAUUGAAAGACAACUGAAGAAGCGAGGUGAAGUAGUACGAUUUCAACCACCAAGAGUGACCGUACAGCCGAGGCACUACAAAAGAUUCGGAAAAAUGGAGCGUUGCGCUUUAGCAGAGUUCGACUAUCUCCAGGAUAUAUCCACCGACGUCAGUGCACUCCAGUCCAGCCCAGAGGCUCAUCAUAGUAUAGCCAUUUGA